CCGCUAUCGGCAUCACGUGAUACCCUUUAGAGGGGGAAAGAUUUGAACUGAAGCUGGAGAAUAUUAUUCGGAGUGGUGACUGAAGCAUACUACAAUCUUCAGUUCACUUCAAUAUCUACAAUUCAAGAUGUCGAACCCGGACCAAUCACCAUGCCGAAUUCUAGUAAUGGCCUCUGGUUUUGGCUCUAACUUCCAGGCUCUCAUUGAUGCGAUAUCUACCGGUUCACUCCCAAAUAGUCGUAUCAUUUCUCUCAUUGUGAACCGACGGAACGCACACGCAACUGUCCGAGCCGAGAAAGCUGGCAUUCCUUGGCAAUACUUUAACUUGAUCUCUCACGGAUUCUUGGAGAAGGGAGAAACCGACGAGCAGAAAGUGACUGAAGGUCGUCGGAAAUAUGACGCUGCGUUGGCCGAAAAGAUUCUCUCAGCCGACGAGAAGCCUGAGCUUAUUGUUCUCGCUGGUUGGAUGCACGUCUUCUCAACUGCUUUCCUGGACCCUAUCCAGAAAGCUGGUCUGAACGUCAUUAACUUGCACCCUGCUCUACCAGGAGAGUUUGACGGAGCCAAUGCGAUCGAGCGAGCUUAUGAUGAGUUCAAGGCUGGUCGACUAACACGCUCAGGCAUCAUGGCCCACUACGUGAUCGCUGAAGUAGACAGGGGUACUCCUAUCCUGGUCAAGGAAAUUGAGUGGAAGGGAGAGGACCUAGAACAGUAUAAGGAGAAGGUACACUCUCAUGAGCACGAGUUGAUCGUCAAUGCGACUGCAAAGGUGGCACAGGAGACAGUCAAGAACAGAAGGUCAUAAAAAGGAAACGACAUAAAUACUGCUAUAGCAGCACUGCACAAUGACUAUGAACGAUGUGAGAUGAUACAAACUUCAUAUACAAAACUCAUACGGAACAUGAGAUGAGAGGAAGCUCGUCUCCAUUAAGAGCAGUUCUAUAUCGCCAUAGGGGUGACUAAAAAGCUACUCUCGUAUGUAGGUUUGUUGGUUUGGCACAACCGGGAAUAGAGUCGUGGAACCAAAGAACGAGAGAGCAUUCCUUAGCUCAACCCUUCAUUAUACCCCCUUACAGAAUAAAACUCAAAUCUAUCUCUCCCUGUUCC